AUGAGCAAGCGUAUCGAAUGGGCAGUCUUUGCGUCAUCUUUACAGCCUUACGCAACUGUUCAGCAUUUUAGCGAUUGGCUCACUCAACUUGCCAACGUCAUCUGCACGGUUUACGAUGGAGAAGCAGCGAAAGAUUCGAAGCGUCGGGUUGUGUUGCACGCUGCCGAAUCUCAACGUCAUUCAGCCUGCCCUAUUUGCCAGGGCCAACAUAAGCCAGCCGAUUGUACGCAGUUUAGUCAACUUACAGUGCCGGAAAGGUGGGAGGAAGUGAAGCGACGUCACCUUUGUUUUUCUUGUCUCAACGUUGGACAUGGGUCGCGCAAUUGCCAACGGCGCAAACUAUGUUCAACUGACGGGUGCAAACGGUCGCAUCAUAAAUUGUUGCACGAUAUUGGGAAAAUAAUCGAUGGGUCAUCAAACCAGUCACCGCGGCCUCGAGAUCGCCAACGACGUACUUCCAUUGCCGAUACACAUACAGGUAUUAGUACGAGGACGCAGCCAGCGUCUCGUAUUGAACAGCAAGGUGAUGCGGGUGCAGCGGUCCUUAGUUGCAGUACAGAUAACAAUAGUAAGUUAUUAUUUCGGAUUCUGCCGGUCGUGCUGUAUGGGAACCAAAAGCGCGUUGAGACGUACGCACUUUUAGAUGAAGGUUCGUCAAUAACAAUGAUUGAUAGCACACUAAUUGAAGAGCUCGGCUUACGUGGCCGGACUGAACGCUUGAACCUACAGUGGUUCGGAGGACGUGCCGCUCAGGAGUCGGCCAUGGUGGUAGAUCUACUCGUGAGUGGUGCCGGUAUGCAAAAGAGACAUAAGUUACGAAGGGUUUAUGGUGUUUCAAACUUGCAGCUGCCUUCUCAGAGUCUGAAUAAAUCCGAUUUGCGUUGCCAUGAAAGCCAAUUGAAUAAGCUGGCAGUUGAACCAUACGCACAAGUCAAGCCAAAGCUGCUAAUCGGACUCGACCACUGCCACCUCGGUUUGCCGUCAACUACAAUGCAGCUAAACAAGUGUGGGCCAUUCGCUGCGAAUACUGAGCUAGGAUGGGUUGUAUUUGGGCCAACAAUGAACUCCGAUCCAUCAUUGCCAUCAUGCUUAUUCGUUAACUGCCACACUGAUCAAUCUCUACAUAAUAUGGUUGCUGAAUACUUCGAGACGGAAAGCUUUGGGGUUCGAGCUGCACCUAUCAUGGAGAGUGAAGCUGACGUCCGUGCUCGGGAAAUCUUGAAGUCUACUACCUGCCGUGUUGAAGGAAGGUACCAGACUGGUCUGCUCUGGAAACGUUCCGACAUACAGCUACCUGCCAGCUAUUCUAUGGCUUUGAAAAGAUUAGCGGGUGUUGAAGCAAAAAUGAGGCGCGAUACAGACUUUGCCGCUGAAUAUAACCGCAUCAUAAGUUCUUACGUCAUGAAAGACUACGCACGAAAGCUGUCGCCAGAAGAAGCCGCCUUAACUUGCAAUAGAACAUGGUACCUGCCUCAUUUUGCCGUGAAGAAUCCAAAUAAGCCAGGCAAGUUACGCAUGGUGUUCGACGCAGCUGCUGAGGUGGACGGUGUGUCCCUUAAUUCACAGCUUAUGAAGGGUCCGCAAGAGUAUCGGUCUUUGCCUGCUAUACUAUUCCACUUUCGGGAAGGAGCAACGGGCGUGUGUGGGGACAUCAAAGAGAUGUUUCACCAGGUGCUGGUUCAACGUGACGACAGAUGUGCGCAACGAUUUCUUUGGCGCCAAGGUGAUACUACCAGACAGCCCGAGGUAUAUGAGAUGCGCGUAAUGACCUUUGGAGCGGCAUGUUCGCCUUGCGCCGCCAAUUAUGUGAAGACGAUCAAUGCGUUGGAGUAUGGCAACAAAGUCAAGGGUGCUACCCGAGCCGUGAAAUCGAUACUGGACUACCAUUAUGUCGAUGACUAUGUCGAUAGCUUUGACACAGAGGAAGAAGCAGCUGACAUAACGAAACAAGUUCGCGCAAUACAUAAGAUGGCCGGUUUCGAUCUUUGUAAUUUCGCGUCAAACUCAUUAAGAGUGACAGAAGCACUUAGUGGUGACGGGAAUAUCCGUCAAAUAGCAAAUAAAGAAGGAGUACUGGUGGACAGAGUCCUCGGUUUGUUUUGGCAGGCAUCAACCGACACUUUUGGGUUUAAACUGAGAUUCAACAACGUAGAUUCCAACGUUUUGGACGGAGGGCGCCGUCCGACGAAGCGAGAACUUCUCAGUGUGGUCAUGUCGAUCUUCGACCCGCUGGGCUUUCUUAGCAACUUUGUAGUGAGCGCUAAGAUCCUCAUGCGGGAAGUGUGGAAGAAUGACAUCCGGUGGGACGAGCCACUGCCAAACAACGUAAACACCGCAUGGGAAGGAUGGCGUAAACAACUGCCAAUGGUCGCCGAAUAUACCGUCCCUCGAUACUAUUAUCGAAAUGGGAAACCUGAAGUUUUGCAGCUCCAUGUUUUCGUCGACGCCAGCGAGGAUGCCUUUGCCGCGGUAGCCUACUGGAGGUCAACUAAUGCCGCCGGUGAGGUUGAAGUCGCAUUUAUAUCUGCAAAAACUAAAUGCGCGCCGAUGAAGUCAUUGACGGUCCCUCGAUUGGAGCUUCAGGCAGCUGUAUUGGGUACGCGUUUGCUGAAUUGCCUACGAGAGGAGCACUCCUUGCACAUCGAUGACUGCGUCAUUUGGAGUGACUCCAAAACAGUGAUCCAGUGGCUUCGAAGUGAACAUCGACGCUAUAAGCCAUUUGUGCAGCAUCGGAUCGCCGAGAUAUUAGCCACAACUACUACUGCAAACUGGAGAUGGCUACCUACCGAGCACAAUGUCGCUGAUGAGGCUACUCGAGCUAAUAACUUUGUCGACUUCAGCUCGUCCGCCCGUUGGUCCUGCGGCCCACCAUUUUUGUUACGAGAAGAGCAGUAUUGGCCGACAGAGAGCUCUACAUGCAAUCAUCAUGAGGAAGCUGACAAGGAACUACGUCCUAAAUUCGCCCUUGCAAUCGUAAGCUGCACGUUUCUAGACUAUAACCGAUUCUCUACAUUCAGUAAACUGGUGAGAACGACAGCAUGGGUCCUGCGAUUCAUUGACGUUUGCCGCCGCCGUAAACCGCCAGACCGAGGCUAUGGGUUGACUGCCAAAGAAGUUGAGACUGCUAAGCUUUGUUUGUGCCGCCUCGUUCAACGCGGUGAAUACGCCGAAGAGUUUCAGCACAUCGAAAGCGGUCGCAACCUGCCACGCACCAGUUCGCUCAUUCAACUUUCGCCGUAUAUAGACGAAGAUGGUGUUCUUCGUGUACGAGGACGCAUAGAAGCUGCCAGCUGGCUCCCAAUAAGCGCGAGACGCCCUAUCAUACUACCGCCAAAGCAUUGUUUCUCAAAUCUGGUCGCCAUGCACUACCACGUCAAAAUGCAUCAUCAAAAUCUAGAAGCCAACACACCGCGAACUCCGAUUGCCAGCGAAGUUCUGGAAACCAAAUGCUUUCUUCGACAACAGUGGCGUCUUGCUCGACAACUAAGAGACCAUUUUUGGAAACGAUGGAUAGCGGAAUACCUUCCGACAUUGACACGCCGGGUGAAGUGGUGCCAAAGAACAAAACCUCUGCAGAUAGAUGACCUCGUCUUCAUAUGCGACCCAAAUAUAUCUCGUCGGGACUGGUGUCGAGGCAAGGUGGAACGUUUGUAUGCAGGAGCGGAUGGUGAGGUCAGACGAGCUGACGUACGCACUUCGAGUGGAUUAAAGCGCCGUGCCGUCUCCAAAUUGGCAGUUCUGGACGUUGAUGAUGGUGAAUCGGGUUGA